ACCCCACAUUGCAAAGUGCAGGUGUGGGGUGCUUCUAGCGAAGAUGAAGGGCAGAUAUAAGUGGGCGAUUGCUCCCCGGCCAAUCUCAGCCAAAAAGCAAAGACGCGUUGUUUGUCCUUCUACGCGUAGUGCUCUUUGACUCGUGCCGAUCCAAUGGCUUCUGAAGAGGAUCGGGGGAAGAAGCAGCAUCGUGCUCGUGUUCGUACUGGGGACUGGGGAAGACAUCAGGUAGGUCAGGAUGGUUCAGGAGCAAGUCCCAAUGGGAAAAGGGCUCAAACCAGCGCGUCCAAUUCACCGACAUCUAGGCAUGUGGUUAGGAAGAGAAAGAGUAGGGACCGCUUGAGACCAGAUGAAAAAAAUCCAGCAGCACAAGACGCUGCAGAUGAGAGUUCAGCUCAGUCUUCCGCAGAUACGGGUCUAUAUUUAUACGCGGGAGGGCGCGAGAGACCUGGAAAUGGAAAAUACAUGUCCAAUAAUUGUGGUGGGUCAGGUUCUGAUGUCGAUAAUUCAGGGUAUCAGCAGGAAGAAGGAUCAUCAAGUCCAGAUACGACAAUUCAUCCUCGCAGCAAAAGGCACGACGUAACAUAUCACAGGAGACACCUAAGAUCGACCAGUAAAGCGACACCACCAAGCCCAGAGCAUCUACCAUCUAGCAUCCAAAACACCCCGAAACCCACGCCGAGGAGCACGCUGGAGCCUGAGAACCAGCCACGACAACCGAUGAAAACACAUCGGAAACACCGCACAACACACACCCACACUCACUCAGCUUCAACGUCAUCAUCACUGUCGUCGUCUGCAAAUCCCAAGCCAUCUAUGCAGCAGGAACACACUAGACCAUUUUCACAGGUAGCGGGUGGAAUGAUGCUCCAAUCAGACGCGUCGGAUGAGGGGUCAGAUAAGGAGCCUGGAGGCGUCCCGGUGACACUGACUUUAGUAGAAAACACGAAACCUCACUCAGAAAGCCGGCCGCCCAAACGGACUCCAAGCCAACGUUCAGAUAUAGUUAGACAUGCUACUGAUGUCGCAGAUGAGCUCGACGAAGAAGAAUCGUCAGAUUCACUCGGGGAUAUGGAAAUAGAUUCAGCCAUUAGCAGUGUAGGUUCAAUAUCUGAGCACGAUAGUGGUGAUAGCGCGGAGGCAAUAGUUCACGGAGCUGCGAAUGCGCACAAGCUAGCGAAGCGGAAGAGGAAUGCUAAGCACGAACGACGAAAUCAGAAAAUCAAAGAACGGCUGGUGCAGAUUAGGCAAAUACUUCAGCCUGUACUUGAAGAUACUUUGCAAUUCGGCGGUCAGGUCGGAAGAAUUUUCCAAGGGCCGUUGGCAGCCCUCGCUCCCGGUUCACUUAUGCUUUACUACAUCUCUGACGCUCUGACGUACGUUCGACUUAAUCGAGCUCGAGUGAUGGACUUGUACGAGGGUGCUGCGAACCAGCACCGUCGAAUCUACGAUACGUUUAAGGCAAUUCGUAACGAUCAGCAAUUAACAGAUGACCAAUGCCAGGCUGUGUUGCAAGCCGUUACGGCCCAUGCUGAAACCUGUUAUGAGGUAUAUCAAACAGCAGCUCAUCACAAGGGAGUGAAUUGGAUUACACAGUUCAUAAAAAGAAAGCAGAUUCUAGAGGAAGAAAUUAAGCCCAACGAGACGAAACUAGCUGCAUCUCUCUCGACGUUUAACGCAAUAUUGACACUCAACAUCUCUAUGGACACAGUGGUCUUAAGACAGGUGGUAAAAAGUUUGAAAGAUGAUAUGCAACAGGUUUUGGAACGAAUAGCUGACUUGGACCAACGAAGAAGACCGCAAGAGUUGCCAGCAUACACAGUGGACGUGGAAUCAAAUCUUAAGUCAUAUGCAUUGGAACUCCGAAGAAGUUUUGAGACAAGAUUGGAGGAAUUGGCAAGGGAGACGGCAGAGAGGGACAGAGACGCUGUUGCAAGGCAAAAGAAUCAAUUGCAAUACCUGCAACGAAUAGAGAGUAAAGUAGAUCACAUGAAUGCUGGAGUGGAGAUGCUUGUGUAUGAGAAUGGCGUGCAGGGUGCACGUCAACAAAUCGAAGAAGAAAUUCGCAAAGCCGAGGAAGACAGGAAGAAACUAAAGGAGAAAAGGAGAAAUAAUCGAAGGCAUAGAUUAGACGAGGUAGAAGAGUUCGAAUUGGUUGAGGGUAUCCCUGGACGUAUUGAUUUUUGCAAACGAGUACUAUAUACAUUGGAUCAGAGGGGGUCAGGACAGCUAGGGACGGUAGAGUCGUCGUCAACACCUAAGCCGAAAGAACGACAAAAGUUGCACAAGAAGGAUACUCGAGUUAAACAGAUGAGUACUAUUGAUUCCGACAUAGAUGAUACCAAUGUGGACAGCGUCAAGAGGCACGCAGACGUCUACAAAAAUCAACUGUUCCACUUUUUCAGUAACGAAAUGCGAUUGCCUCUUUGGACGCCGUCAUCCGCCGAUAUUGGUGACGUUGGCUUUGUAACCGACCAUGGGGAAUUCAAGAAACUUUUCAAUUCAUAUGAUCCAACGAGUAUUGAUGGACUUCGGUCGGUCAUACCACUGCGCGCUACCCAAUUAGAUGACUCCAGGCAAUUGCGGAUGAGGCUUCGCUCAGAUAGCAAACAUUCUCUCGCCACGACAAAAACAUCCCAUUUAUGUCGAUUUGUUGACAAAGGCCUUGAUAACUGGGCAACACCUUCUUGGAUCAAGUUUCCCUGUGACUGUGACUUUCGUAUGAAUACUUAUUUCCACAAGAGCAUCCUGCGAUUGUUGCGUGCACAUCAAGGCGCGAUCGCAAAUUCACGAUUCAUGAGCACCAACGGUAGGAUUUCAAAUCCUCUGCCAGCUACGUUUCUACGUGGCGGAACUUCCAAGGGCAUAUAUCUCAGGCGCGAUCAUCUUCCAAGUCACCAAGCUGAUUGGACGCCGAUAUUUCUCGGCAUUAUGGGUUCACCCGACCCCGAUCAUGGCCGACAGCUGAACGGUAUGGGUGGCGGCGUCUCGAGUCUUUCCAAAAUCUGUGUCGUCGGUCCACCAUCAGACGAGCUGCGCUCCCAGGAUAUUGACGUCGAGUAUACAUUUUGCCAGGUUGGCAUACGUGAUGAUACAUUGGACUAUUCUGGCAACUGCGGGAACCUCUCGAGUAUGAUCGGCGUUUUCGCCGUCGACGAGGGACUUUGUGUGCCUCGCGUGGCAACGGAGACGCCAAAUAUUGGUGUCGUUCAUGCGUAUAAUACGAAUACCAGGAAACAGGUUGAUACGAGCUUUCCUAUUUCUAGUAGUACUAUGGAUGGGCGUACACCAGUUCUGGAUCUUCCUCAGGUCACUAUGGCUGGCGUACCUGGCAUGGCGUCACGUAUUGACCUCCAUUUUGUCUCCCCAGCAGGUGCACGGACGGGGAAAUUGCUCCCUUCCGGCAAUCCCGUGGACACGCUCACAUUCUCCCAGUCUGGGAAUAACUACUCUAUACAGGCAUCAUUGGUAGACGCAACGAAUCCUUCCGUAUUUAUCAAAUCCGAGGACCUGAUGCGAAUCUUGCGUCCUAAUGGUAAAGGAUUAAAUUAUACAGACUCGCUUGUGGAAGGGUUCGUUGAAGCCAUCCGACAGAGCGGUGCGCAGGCUAUGGGCCUUGACGCAGCGGCGAAGGCUCAACCUAAGAUCGCAGUGGUUGACUCGACGUCGUCGCAGGCGGGAUAUCCUUGCAUAAUGGCUCACGCGUAUUCUAUGGGAGUCUUGCAUAAGGCGAUCCCCAUGACAGUUGGUCUUUGCCUCGGAGUCACUGCGCGCAUAGAAGGUAGUUUGCCGUGGCAGCUGCUUGCCAAUGCUGACAGAGGGACGAUCGGCCAGAAAGCAAGAAGGGGAGAUGAAACAGAUACGACAGAUCUUGUUAGGAUCAGACAUCCAUCUGGUGAGGUUGACGUCGGCGCGGAUUUUGGGCACGACGGAAGCGUGAUGAGCGCGAAGGUUAUUCGCACUGGGCGGCGAUUGAUGAAGGGCGUUGUAUGGUGGUGACGUGGAAUCCAUCAGAGGAGAGAUCUGGGCUCAGAUUUUGUCCCGAGGAAUGCAGGAUUCAAUUUGCUCUCUCGGAGCGGAUUCAAAUUGAAUGUAUGUACAGUAUUGAGGUCAAGCCGGGAAAAAUACUAUGCGUAGUCAAAGACAAUGCUCAGUAACUGCCUUUGCAGGGGUUGGCUGUGCAUUGAUUUGUUU